CCGUGUAAAGAGGUCCGACAGCGGGAAUCUCCCGGAAACGCCGACCGCAUGGGCAAUUGUGGAGAACGAGAGGGUCAAGAUUUUCGUUCUUCGUUGCCGACGGCGUUCCUGGAAUAAUCGGAACACCUGCAGGUACUGCACAGCUUUGAUCACAGCAGGUAUCCGUCACUCCUGUCAUGGCUCUCAAUUCUCGUGACAGCAACUUUCCAAGCACCUCAAUCGGUCGCACUCAAGGGAGGCAAAUUGCCCCUCCUCAGGAUCCAUUAGGAGCGCACCCACUAGCCUCUUCGUUGCCUUCUGAUGCGCCUAACCCAUCUCAGACGGUCCCGGCUCCGCCUCCAUACGUGCCAUACACCCCACGACAACGACCAGCAACAACUACCGCUUCAGCGACGCUAAAUGCAUCGGUUUCUAUCUCGUCUUCAUCUCCAUCCCAUGGAGAAGCGACUUCAAGGCUGCAGCUUCAGGGUCUUAAAGCCACUGUCCAAACCGUUGGGAUCGACAACAAUAGUAUUGGCUGGGCAAUUUUAGAGAAACUCGUUGCUGGUGAAGUUGAAGGUCCCGAAUGGGAUGAAAUAUGGAACGUUAUCGCAUCUGGAUCGGUAACCCUUAUCUUGCCGCGAGAACAGGUCUCGAAUGGGACCAUCAUGACUCCGGAGUUUGUGAGAGACCAUGUCGCGUUUUGUGUUGUUCCCUUCAAAGAGUCCUCUCCUUUGGUGACUCUUGGUGGUCUCCGCGGUUUCGUCGAUGGCCAAAAGAUAUCUAUACGUACUGCACUCCCUACCCAUCAUAAGAGGUUUCUGGCGGUGAAAAAGCCGUCCAUGCGAGCACAUGCAUUGCUCUCUCUCCCUCCUCUAUAUAAUGGCUUCAACCCAGAAGGUCCUUUUCCAACGUUUUCUGUGUCGGCGUAUCUAUCUUCGCUUGCUUUGCCGUCACGGCCUACGCCUGUCGCUCUGCCUUCAGUGCCCACUCGCCAGAACCCCCCUGUGACGUCUCGUUUAGCGAACCCGUUUUCGACAUUGUUUGGGUCAAGAUCCUCAGCAGUCCCUCCAGCUUCUGUUCCACCCAGGCCCUCUUCUCCUUACCCCCCUUCGAUAAAGAGCGAGGGUAGCCUGGAUCAUCCAAGUCCUUAUUCUGCGGAGGGCCAUAUUGUGUCCGCUUUCGUGGUGGAUCGCAAGAUUAUUAGGAAAGAUGUGGUCAGAGCCUCUUCCAAGGCUCUCAAAUCUACGAUAAAGAUGGAACUAGAUGGACUGCCUAUGUGGCUACCGGAUCGCAUCCUCAGGUGCAGGCCUAUUCUUGUCUCCGCAGGAAAUCGUGUCUUAUUGCUGUUUAGUUUCACGGCACCACUUCAACCAUUUCAUAAGUCAUAUAGCCUUUUGCAGAAGCUGAACGACUCAUCAUCACCAAUAUCCACCACAUCAAACGCUCCCCCGACAAUUGUUGAUACCGAAUCAGUCGACGCCAUGGCUAACUCCUUUCAAGAUUUCUAUGAUGCAAUUACGCAUGACCUGGAAAGAUCUGGGAGUCUUAUGGAAGCUGGGCUGAAAAACCGCCUAAGCAGCAACCAGGAUAAUAUUUCUGCGAUACACUCACAGGCAGGAGUGCAAGAUACUAACAUAGUUGGGUCCUAUCCUGAGGAUGAAGCCAAGGAGAUAGCGGUGAAGGAUGCAUUGGAGCGUAUUGAAGAGUGUAUGUCCAAGAUGUUUUACGACCAGAUGUUCUCGCCCCUGGAAUGUGACGACACUUCCCACGAUGAAGCCUUGUCAAGUCGUAUAGCUGCCCUCGGCAUCCUGGACCUUGGGUGGCAGCACUUGGGGGUAGAAAUGGAUGAUGGCGAAACGAAUUCGGAGAGCAUUAAUGAGCUUGUCGCUAAAUGUGGAAAAAUUCUUGAGAAAUUGCAUGAUCGUGACCAUCACUCUCCCAGGGCAAAAGCGGAGGUACUGCUUGCAGUUCACAAGGAAAUCGUUGAGGCUCUUUCGAGUUUGCCUCCUUUGCGGUUGAAACCCGAAAACGAAAAAAUGCAGCCAGAGCCUGCAGAUUUCACAGCCUCACAUUCCACAAGAGAUCCUUCCAUACUAUCAACGAAAUUUCGGGAAGGCUCGGAAAUGCACCAAGGUCUAAUAAAGGAGGCAGAACUGAAGCAGCUUUCCCCUCUGGCUUCUCCUAGGGCCGUGCUAGAUAAGUCUCCACUACGUGAUGACUCGGCUUCCAUUCCUUCUCAAGUGGGAAUCAACAUUACAUCGGAAUCACCAGAAAGGGCUCCGACGAAGACUCUCUCACCCACCAAAAAGACACCUGUCAACACGGACGUCAUCCUUCCAAUAAUUAUCUACUCGAUCGUAAAGGCCAAUCCUAUCCAAUUGGUAUCUCAUCUGCUGUUUAUCGAGCGUUACAGAUCCAGGAAAGUUGGGGGCGAGGAAAGUUACUGCCUGGUCAACUUUUUGGCAGCCGUUGAGUUCUUGGAGCAUGUAGACAUGCAGGCAUUGGGUCUCGGAGAGGCGGAUCGAGUGAUGAGGUCGGCGUUCGACCUGUUUGAACGUUGAGAGCGAUGACACUGACCUACCUUGGAUGCCUAGCACCCACGAUCUUUCCCCGAUCCCCAUCGCUAAUACCAAUGACCCGUCCUCGCCGCUUCCCAUUUCUACACGAUUGCGAGGACGGGUAGAACAGCAGGUUGGGGGAUUGGCC